GUUGCUAAACCAAUCAUCACGUAAUCCCUUCUCAAAGUCAGUGUACUUUAUGUCGAGAAACUCUGUUUUCAUCAAAAGUACGUUCUGCCACGAUUCCAAAGCUAUACGAUACUACAGACAGCAAGUUAAUUAUCUCACAUCUCACGUCGCCCAGAAUGCACCGCGUGGGCCAAUGACGUAACAUCGUCAACGUUGUUGGGUUUUUGAGCUAGUGCCCAGUAGACUCCAUUCACUCCGUGAAGGAGAGCGAUCCCUGUCCCAGAGUCGCCCAGAAUGCACCGCGUGGGCCAAUGACGUAGCAUCGUCAACGUUUCCCAUCUCCUCAAAAGUAUAUCUGCCGUUGUGAUUUAAACUCCACUCUGGGAGACACAUCGAUCUGCAGGUUGAACAUGGUGGUCGCAUGCGGUUGGACACAUGGAGGAGAGAAUCAUUUUCUCAGUUUCCUCAAAACCGUGUCUUUUUGAAACAACUGCUGACAGCUACAGGGACAUAAACACAAACAUGCUGCCUGGAGACAAGUGUCCAUGAUAGUAGGAUCGCCAGAUCUCCAGGCUCAAAGCGUCAGUCCACCAGCUGAAUACUCAGUCAGACUGGUGGAUGGGACCACUUCCUGUUCUGGGACAGUGGAAAUCUUCUAUGAAGGAGAGUGGUUGGGUCUAUGCAAUAGGUGGUGGGACAUGAUGAAAGAGGUUAAGGUUGUGUGUAGAGAGCUGGACUGUGGGAAUCCUGUAGCUGAAUCUGGAGGACCUCUGAUUGAAGAUGGAAGAAGAGGAGUCAGACUAUUGAGAUGUAGUGGAGAUGAGUCUUCUAUUAGAUGGUGUGACAUCACAGGAGGACCUGGUUUCUGUUAUGGUGGAUAUUAUCAUCAUGUGACCUGUUCAGAGUCUGUGCGGCUUGUGGAUGGAGCUGGUCUCUGCUCUGGGAGAGUGGAGGUGAAGUCCAAUCAGUCCUGGGCCUCAGUGUGUGAAGCUGACUUUGACCGGCAGGAUGCAGAGGUAGUCUGUAGGGAUGUUGGCUGUGGGGCUCCUGCAGCUCUACAGGGGACAGAAAACAACACCUGCCUACCUGGUAAUGCUGUUGGACUCACCUGCUCAGAGCCUGAUGAUGUGAGGCUGGUGGGAGGAGGCAGUCGCUGUGCUGGUGGAGUGGAGUGGUACGACCAGGAGAGUGGAGGACUGUGGGAGUUGGACUGGGACCAGGAGGAUAGUCUGUGCGGCUUGUGGAUGGAGCUGGUCUCUGCUCUGGGAGACCUGGAGCUGUGA